AUGGCUCGCCGCCGUUCACGCACUAACAAAGAUCCCACCCGGGGCAUGAGAAACCGUCAACGUGGUUUAUCCAGAAAAGCGCAUUUUUUCUACGAAGAAUAUAAUGCAGACGUUCUAGUAGUUAUUCGCCGACCAGAUGGUCAAUACACAGGCUAUCAAUCUAAGCCUGGAUUACUGCGACGAUUCCAAUCUGUCCCAGAUGGUCAAUUAUCAGGCCCAUCGCAAUUCAUGCAGGCCCAAGAAUCGGAUAGCGACGAUACAUCACAGCGAUACUCAAGGCGCUCUAGCUCUUUUGUAUCCGCUACAAGCUCUGAUUCGGCAAAUACGCCAAGCUUGAGCAGUAGUAAUAGCUCACUAUUAUCCCAUGAGGCACCUUCACCCGUCGAUAUACCUCAACCAGCCCCAACACCACCGCCAACUGAGGUGCCUAUGAGCAUUUUACCAUCAAUAGAGACUCCUCCCGUUGAUGCAGACACGUUUCUAUCUUUCCUGAAUGAUGAAACAUCACUUAGUGACAAUGAGAUCACUGAGCUACUCUGGUCAAAUAUUAUUGACUCUACUGAGAGUGCGGAGUUCAACAACGAAUUACCUUGCAUCAUUCAACCAAGUCCCGUAUCUACCCGUCAACGCGAGGCUAUGUUAUCACUUAUAAAGCGAUACUUUUAG